GCUAUCCCUUGCCCAUCCAGACCACAACUUUCUUCUGUAUCCUUAAAUAACAUAUAUAGAUUUUUUUGGUCUCCUUUCUAGCCGUAGUUCUUCUCUUUUCAACAACCAUGGCUGCUGCUUUUUUCGCAUAUCUCUUCUUCUUUGCUUCCAUCUCCACAACCCUCGCCUAUGAUCCUGACAUGCUUCAAGAUCUAUGCGUGGCUGACAAAUCUUCAGGUGUAAAAUUGAAUGGGUUUCCUUGCAAGUCUGAGGCAAAUAUUUCAGAAGCUGAUUUUUUCUUUGACGGUAUAGCUACGUCAGGAGUUGUCAACAAUUCAGUGGGAUCACUAGUUACUGGCGCAAAUGUUGAGAAAAUUCCAGGACUCAACACUCUAGGGGUGUCGCUGGCCCGGAUUGACUUUGCUCCUAAUGGUCUGAACCCCCCACACACGCACCCACGCGCCACCGAAAUUACCUUUGUGCUUGAAGGGGAAUUGGACGUUGGAUUCAUCACCACUGCCAACAAGCUGAUUUCCAAAACUGUAAAGCAAGGAGAAAUCUUUGUGUUUCCUAGAGGCCUGGUUCACUUCCAGAAGAACAAUGGUGACAAGGCAGCCUCAGUGAUUUCAGCUUUCAACAGUCAACUGCCUGGAACCCAAUCCAUUGCCGUGACAUUGUUUACAGCAACUCCAUCCCUGCCAGACAAUGUUUUAACUAAAGCUUUCCAAGUUGGUACCAAGGAGAUUGAGAAGAUCAAGUCCAGGCUUGCCCCCAAGAAGUCCUGAUGAUUUUGUUCCUUCUUGCAAAAAUUUUCAGACAUACCUAAUAGUAUUGAAUUAAUGUAAGCAUAUAAAAGUAACUAUGUUUCUUUGUCAACUCAAUAAUGGGGUCGAAUGUAAACGGAAAUAUACUUGUAAUCAUCUUGUACUUAUUUAAUAUAUAUAAGAACGAAGUGAAAUAAUUCUUCAAAAA